AUGCAGAAAGAUGAACCAUUUGUGACUAAUUUUUAUAUCGAAUAAUAAAUAAAAAUAUUAAAACCACAUCCUAUAGCUAUUAAAUUAACUGCCGAUAUAUUAUAAAACUACUAUCAAUUGCAAGCAAAAGAAUCCAUUAAAAACUUGCAAUCAUAAUUGCUAACCAUCUAUUAGUUUUUCUAACUUGAUCAAUUUGAAGGAUAGCAAGAAAUCAAUAACAAAAUAAACAAUUUGCUUGAUGAAUUUUUAAAAAUAGAUGGAGAUUCCAUAAAAAAAAUAUCAUUCAGACGUUCUGUCCCUAGAAAAUCAUUAGCAAAAUCUUUUAAAUUGUUAUCUUUAAAAUUAAGAAUAAGUUUUGAUGUUAUCAGUAAAAUUUGGAUUAACAAAUAAACAUUUCCUAAUCAACUCAGAUGGGCUUGUCAAUUAAAAAGUUAAUUGAAUCAAGAUGCAAAUAGAGUAGCAAAAAACCAAUCAAAAUUGUUUAUCUGCAGAAUUUGUGAAUAAUAAGUGCAGUCCAUUGAUAUGAAUCAACAUUGUAUUGAGUGUGAAAAAAACGCUGAAAGCAAAAAAAGAUAUAUUGAGUUGAACUUAGAACUAGCCAAUUUAUGUGACUAUGCCUAUUAAGAAAAAAGGAAUGUUUAAGUUAAGUUAGCCAUCAAAAAAAUGAAAGAUAAAAAUAAAUAAAGGCAAUACGCAAAUACUUAAUUUGGUUUUAGAAGAAUACAAACUCUAGAUGAUUAGUAUGAUGAAGAAGAAGAAACGGGAGAAUAUCAGUAAGAAUAAAAUUAUAUUGCCAAUAUUAUGACUUAAAUUAUUAAUUUUGCUGAAAAAACCCUCAACAAUGAGGUAGAAAUCGAAGAUACUAAAUUGACUCUUGUUUUAUUAAAUGAUUUGGUGAGUUCAACUGAAUGCAUUGAAAAUCAAGAGGCUUUAAAUAUAAUUAAUUCAACUCAUAAAUGUCUAUUGGAGAGACUAGAAUAUCAUAAGAAACAAGAAGUUUAUAAAAACACAAAAAACCAAUAAAAAUAAGAUUAAUCGGAGGACAAAAUCAACAAUAUAAAAAGAGCAUUUACCAAAUCUAAUUCAAUUUCAUUUAGAGUGCCUAAAUUUUAGAAUAGUCCAUCGUCUCCAUCUUAAAGAAUAUCAACUGAUCCUAUUCAAGAAGAAGACGAUUCACCAACACAACUUUAAAUGAAAUCCUCUUAAAAGAUUAUACCCUAAAGAAAAGGAUUUAGAAUGAAUUCUUCUAUAUUCAAAGUCAGUGAUGGAUCUGAAUCACCUAAAUCCUUAAAGAAUAUAUCAAUACCAGUUAAUUAAUCUAAAUCAAGUGGCUUCCAUUUUGGUGAAUCAAAUUAAUCUAUUAAUUCCAAUAAUACAGAUAAUAAAAUUGAUAAAUUGUUGAAAAAUACUGAACUUAAAAAUGACAUAGAUUAAUAAUAGUCACCCACUUUAAAAAAGCUUUCUUAAUUCAAAGCAUAAGUAUAACCACUAAAUGUUGAGAAAAAAUAACCAUCACUAUAAGAAAUAAGUCCUUAAAUAGAUGUAUUAAAUCCAUCUAUCAAAGAAGGAGAUAAUUCAUCUAAUCUAUCUAGUUUUGAAUCUGGGAAAUCUAAUUCAGCCAGCAAUAAUGAUGGUAAUUUAAUAGGUUCACAAAAAGCACCGAGUAAAAAAAGGGCGAAAACUAAGCAAACCUUUCACUCUUAAGAUAUUGAAAAAAUGUAACAAAGUCGUGCGAUUUAACAUCGAAAGAGUAGAUUCUAUGAAAAUUAGAUUUGCAAAUCUCCUCCAAUUAUGCCAGAUUAUGGAUUUGAUGAAAUUUAAAUUGAUAAGGGAUAUCAUUCUGAUUCUAAUUUAAUUAAAACUGUAGUUCCUUCACAAGAUUAAACUUCAAAAGUUGGAAUUAAAGAUUUUGAAUUCAUUAAGCCAUUAGGCAAAGGUGCUUAUGGAUGGGUAUUUCUUGUUAAAAAGAAAGGAUCUGGAGACCUAUAUGCAUUAAAAAUCAUUGAUUGUGCUUAAAGAAAUUUAGAGGCAUUUCUUGAACAAUUAAAGGCAGAAAGGAAUAUCUUUGAAAUUCUAAAUAGUAAUUUUGUAGUCAAAGCAUAUUUCUCUUUUGUGCAUGAACAAUAUUUAUGUUUUGUUUAGGAAUAUAUGAUGGGCGGAGACUUAGCAAGCAUUCUGAAAACAUACACAGCUUUAGAUGAGUUUUAUGUUCGUCAUUACAUGGCAGAAAUAAUCUUAGCCUUAGAUUAUUUAAGACAAUAAAACAUAGUUCAUAGAGAUUUAAAACCAGAGAAUAUUCUUUUAGAUUGUCAAGGACAUGCCAAACUUGCUGAUUUUGGUCUGUCAGAACAAGGUGUUAAUAGUAGAUUAAAAUUAAAGGACAGCAUGAAUUCUUUCAAUACCAUUGAAAUACCAACAUGUGUGGAAUAAAUGAUUGAUCAGGAAGGCUAUCAGACAGUAUACAAAUAAUUGAAGAAGGUGGAGUCCAUUCUAGUAGAUAAAUUAGGCAGUAAAACUAAAAAAAUUGUUGGAACUCCUGAUUACAUUGCUCCAGAAAUAAUCUUAGGGACAUCUGCCAGUAAUUUCAGUUGCGAUUAUUGGAGUUUGGGAAUUAUUAUGUAUGAAUUGUUGUGUGGAAUUGCUCCAUUUAAUGAUGAUACAGUAGAUAAAAUAUUUGACAACAUUCUUAAUAUGAGAAUUGAAUGGCCUUCAAUUGGAGAUGGAGAAGAUUGCAUAUCUGAAUAGGCUUAUGAUCUAAUAAUCAAAUUAUUAGAACCAGAUUAUAACAACCGUUUAGGACAUAGAUCCAUUGAGGAGAUUAAGAACCAUCCUUUCUUUAGAGAAAUUUCCUGGAAUACAUUGUUAAGUAAGCCAGGCUUGAUUGUUCCUGAAUUGAAUUGUGAAUAGAAGGAUACAGAGAAAAUGUUACAAUUCUUAAAAAAAUUGGAAAAGUCAAAUAAAGAUAAUGAGAACAAGAAGUUAACCCAACAAUUGAAAGCGCAAUUAUAAAGCUUAGAGCGAAUUGAUCUACUUAAAUAGAGAAGCAUUUAAGAAUCAGAGAAAUAUUUAGCACAAGUCAAACUUGAAUAAUAGAAAAUAAGAAAAUAGAUUGAUUCUCUAACACAAUUUUAUGCUAAAAUAUACUAAACUUAUUCGAAGAUGUAGUGA